CCCAACCCAACCCCAGGCUAUCCCACCCUGCAGGCCAGCUGGUUCUGGCGCACAAGGGAGAUUGUGGGAUUGAGAUGCUUCCAGUUGCAUGGCAAGGACCCAAAGACUGUGAGGGAAGUUAUACUUGAAUUAGGAGCUGAAGUCGUCGCCAAAAGCCGCCCCUCGGGUCAGCGACGCGCCGAGGACCGAGGGCUCUCUGUCGGACCGAGGCCCGCCCAGAUCCAGUGAGACUUGUGCCCCCACCGGAACGGCGUUCCACGGCUUCUCGCUCGUGCUAUAGUUGCUACAGCGCUUGCACUCACGCACUGCACUGAUGCCGUUGUCUCCUACUUUACCGUAGUUGCUCACCACACACAAACACACACACCGGAGCCCACCUGCUCUAGUCGCUGUGAAUAAAGUUGUUGUCGCUCCCGACAACCCGGCGGCCCCCUGCUGAACGCGCCGGAAGCCGCCAACACACACAACAAGCAAGCCAUGAAGCAGCAGCGCUGCACCAACCCCGCCGCGACGGCGGCCUCCGUGCUCCUGCUGCUGCUACUGCUGGCGGUGGGCUGCGCCAGCGGCAGUAGCAGCGGCAGUAGCGGGGGCACCGAUGCAACUUCCAUUGCUACAGCUACGGCAAGCGGCAGCCCCGGCAGUAGCAGCAGCAGCCCCGCCAGUGGCACGGGCGGCAGCAGCGCCGGAAGCGGAGGCGGCGGCGGCAUCAGCAAAAUCGCCCUGGUUCCCCUGCAGCAACAGCCCACUGCCAUUGUCAGCAGCGGCGGCGGCGGCAGCGGCGGCGGCAGUAGCAGCAACAGCGCAGGCAGUAGCACAGCUGACGCAAAGGCCGUUGCGCAUGCCCGAGACGGCGGCAAGGCUACUGCCGUUGCCAGCGCCACCUCCGGCUCCGGACCCAUCAUUCCCCCGGGCCUCGGCUUCGGCGGCGAUGGCAGUAGCAGCAGCCUCGGCCUCGGCCUUGGCCUCGGCGCUGGCGGUGGAGGCGGCGGCGGUGCUACAGCCAUGCCCAUGCUCGGCUUCAUGAGCAGUGACGGCGGGCGUCUGGGCAGCCGCCGCCGCCUUCAGGACGACAACAACAGCGGCCGCCGCCGCCUCCGCAAUGACGAGAUCAACGACAACAACCGCCGUUCCCUAAAGCAGUUGUUCUUCCCGGGAGCCAACUCUGGCGCCAGCUCCAGCGCCUUUGCCGCUGCCAGCAGCAGUGCCGGCGGCGGCGGCGGUUUCGGAGGCAGCCAGGCGGCGGCGGGUGCACAGGCGGGUGCCCAGGCAGGCACAGUGCAGCAGCAGCCUGUGAUCCUGGCAGCGCCCGCGCCCACCACCACCACCACCGUGUUCGUGCCCGUGCCGGUGGCCGCCCCCACCACCACCACCACCACCCCCGUGUUCGUACAGCCGGCUGCCCCCGCCGCCUCCGGCUCCGCCGCCUCGGCCCAGGCCGUCUCGCGCAGCGUUGCGCUCUCUAGCGGCGUGGGGUUUGGCGGCGGCCUGGGUGUGAGCAAGUCGUUUGCGCUGUCGACCGGGUUCGCAGCGGGCGGCCGGCGCCGUCUGCGGCAGCAGCAGUGAUGUAUGCGGCGGUGCGGUGCGUGCACACAGAGAGUUGGUAGAGAGCGCGUUGGUGGUUUGGUACGGAGCAGGCGAGCAGCACAGGGGCUAAUAUGAGCAAGGGUUUGGAACAAAAUAAGGUUCAUGGCAAAGCGAGCCCGCGGGGGAUGGCGUGUGCUGUGUGCGGGCUGCAGGAGGGUUGAUGCAUUGUGUGUGUGUGUGUGUGUGUGUGUGUGUGUGUGUGUGUGUGUGUGUGUGUGAUGUGAGUCGCGGAGGUGUGCGCCGUGCGCGCCUGGAUGGAUGAAGACAGACAGGGCAGGCUGCAAUCCACUGCAAUUUGUUCGAGCCUUGUCGCAGCAAGAACGGGGAUCAAGACACGAUUGUAUUUGUUCGCGGGCACCAUUGCAUUGCGGCAGGAGGGCACCCGUCGGCGGCGUUGCCGUCGGCGGGACGCACGCACGUUUUACGGGCGCCAUGGUUGUUCGCACCAAUGGUGAAGUGUGAGUGAAUCCUGUGUAAAUGUCAUCGUCC